UUCAUUGGAUUAGGUUGGUUAAAAAUACCUUAUUUUCUUAAAUUUAAUUCAUAUUUGCUCUAUAUCAAUUGAGUUUAAUUUUCCUUGAAAAUAAAAAUUAAUUACAAUAAACACUCCGCUUUUUAUAUUAUACUUUCAUUUUGAACGUUUUAAAAAAAUGUCAGCAUUAAAUUAAUUAAAUGUGACUGUUUUUUAAAUUCUCAUAUGCAACAUUUGCGCCAUUAAAUCCACUGGGGACACUUUAACUUGUUUACAACGAAAUCGAGACAUUGACAAGUAAACAAAGUUUUUCUAUGACUAUUGUCAAAUGAAUAAAAAUAUAAACAAAUUUACAUAGCGCACAAACAACCAAACAGUAACAAACAACAUUCCGUUAACUCGGCGAAUAAGAAAUUACAAAAUAAAAAGGAAAAAAUCAAAGAUCCUUUGCUGUGGCGACGAAAUAUAAUCUACAAAUGGCUUUGCUGCAAGUUCCACCAAAUAGUGAACAAGCCAUUGUCCUGAAUACGCCAAAUCGCAACGAGAUACUCAAGGACGGACUGCCGACACACACAAAAUAUAAAAUCUUAGGCCGUGGCGCCUUUGGCACCGUCUUCAAGGCGAUUUAUCGAGGUCAACCCGUGGCUGUGAAGAUCGUGCGCAAUGUGAGUAAAGCGAAUGAUCAAUCUAUGCGUAGUGAGAUGCACAUUUUGGGCUGGAAACACCGUAAUAUUAUACGAAUUUUAAAAGUCGAAACUACGCAGAAUUUCGGUAUUGUCAUAAUGGAGAGAUUGGUGGGGCAAAGUUUACAGGAGAUACUUGAAGCCACAAUGCUGCCACUACAGCAUAGAAUUUACAUAACACUGGAUAUUCUGUCGGCGCUAUCAUAUUGCCACAAGCGGAGUCUACUACAUCUUGAUGUAAAACCACAGAAUGUGUUGAUAUCUUUCGUUGGCAUGCAACAAAAUUUACGCUACGAAACGCUAUCAAAUGCUUUCCGCCACCGGCAAUAUGUCUGCAAACUUUGCGAUUUUGGUGCUUCCUUGAAGAUAGACUCUCCAACGCCGUCGCCAAAGGGGAAUGCGCGUGGCACAAUGCGCUACAUGGCCCCCGAGGCAUUGCGUGAGGAACCGCUCACACCAGCCACCGACAUCUACUCACUAGGCAUUACAAUGUGGCAAAUGCGACAGCGGCGCUUACCCUACCACAGCAUUGCCUGCAAUGAAGUGGUCGCCUAUCAGGUGGUCAAAAAUAAGCUCCGUCCCGAUAGCACAACUCCAAAUAAUACCACAAACUGCACGAGCGCGCUGCAUCGCCAUCACAAAUGCUAUUGCGCCAAUUUCACAGCGGAGGAGAUCACUUAUCACUCAUUGGUACAGCUGACGAAUGUACUCAAUCGCACCAAACAACCCGAAGAACAGUUGCGCUUCUCUGACUGCGGUGCGGAUCAGGUGGAGCUGCAUCAGGCGACUGUGCGUCGGCCAUUCGCCUCAUUGAAUGCGAAAAUGAAUGUUAUGCGUAAUUUAAGUGCCGAAUUGAAUUGCAGUAAGUCACCGGUCGCACAGAAGUCGCCAGCAAAUGAGAGACCAAUGCUGAUACAACGACAGCAACAGCAACGCAAGAAAAGCGAUGUUGUCGAUCUGUUAGCGAUGUUUGAGGAUAUAUUGCGUUUAAGCGAUUGCAACAAGGAACAAAGCUAUGAAACGAUUUAUAAAGCUUGCUGGUGUGACGAGCCCACUUUAAGACCGAACGCCUUGCUGUUGCGCAAGCGCUUGAUAGAAUUGCUUUAAUAUUAGUUCAUUAUUUUAUGUAUUUAGUAUAAAUGAUUUUGCGAUCUUAGUAGCUGGUACCUUUAUAACAAAUAUUAUUCAUUAUAGUUUAGAGUUUAAUGUUAUCAUAAUGCAUUAGUUUUAUUUUCAUUUUGUAAGUUUUUAAAAGGCUCACGAAAUAAAUAUGCAUACUUAUUUUAGUUAGAAUAUAAAAAAUUUGAUGAGUUUUUUGUGGUCUGAAACUUAAAAAAAUGCCAGAAAAUAAUAAGGGUACACAACAAUCUUGUAGAAAAUUUAGUAUAGAUGGUGGCCAAUCAAUCAAUCCAUAAUUCAAUAAACAGCGAGAGUCAGGAAAUGACACUUUUGCGUAUUUAAUAAACAUGUAUAGCAAGCAUUAUGAAUAAAAAGUCAUCAAAAUGCAUAUUAAU